AUGGUUGGGAUUCAUGGCGAGUACGUGCAAGUCGUACCUCGUUUUGAUGGCCUGCCGUACCAUUCAGACAAACUCGACCAACUUUCCAAUGAUCCGGUCCUUGGGAUUCUUCAAUUUACUUUCAAUCCCGAGGUCGACGUCUCUGAUGCAUCACAGCGUGCAUCAAUACUCUGGCAGAAGUCUUUACGCUUUGUUUCGACUAUCCCUGGUUUUCAAAGUCUCUAUUGGUCAUCAGUGAGCGAUGUCUCGCCGUGUCAGCAGAUUAUCGUACUGAUCCAGUGGGAAAACGUGCUUGGCUGGGGACUAUUCCAAUCUUCUCUUGGCUUUAGCAUGAUGCUGGGAUAUAUAUCCCAAGCCUCCAACCGUUGCGUCCAACUUGAUGUGCCCCUCGACAUCCCUGACUCAUGUCACCUCGAGCUGGUCUCCUUUCAGUUUCCAGUAGCUCUAUCUGUUUCUCAGCUGGACGAGAAAGCUGGCUUCAAAGCUAAAUGGGGAAACGCAUUUCCUAAACCUGUCAAUGGGAUUAUUCCUAGCUCCGAAUUAGCUCACGCCUGUGGGCAAUGGCUACAAAGAGAUAAAGAAUCGGAGGACCAGUUUUUCAUUGGCCUGCUCUUUUGGAACUCGACCCCCCAAUUUGAGGGUCAUCUGCAGCUUCGAGGGGAGGGCAGUCAAAAUCUCACAAAACAUAUAGCAGAGCUGAUCGAAGAUGCGAUGCAUGUGGUCUCGGCUUGCACAGGCCAGCUCAAUCACGUAUCGGGUGAUCCUCUGCCAGACUCCGCGCAGUGCCAAAUCAAGCAUCAGGCUUUCCACGCAGAUGUCAAGCCAAUAUACAGCGCCAAAGAAGAUCAAAAUGAGUCCGGGAAAGAUAAGUAUCAUGUGGAAAGUAUGUCCCAGGCGCGAAGAAAGCCACGGGAACGCAUAGCUGCUGGGCCCGCCGGGGCAUGGUACAUGAUGGCACACAUCUCUCAGCAUCAUCUACCCCGUCAAAUGAACAGGUCAGAGGUGGAUGUCAUUCAAAUGAUUUCUUUCCGUGCUCAGCGUGGAAACACAGAGGUGCAAAGUCAACUUGAAGCACUUCGUGUGAAAUUACGGAAACUAGGGGAUUGCCCCCCCACUCGCUUGGGGCAAGAAUGCGAAGCUCGACUGCAAGAAUAUCUUCAUGAUUUCUCGGUUGGAUGCGGAAAUUCUAUCCAGGAGCUAUCCUACAGAAGAACAGCAGGCCCGCGGAGCCUGGACAGUCUUUCCAAUGCGGACAUAACCAAUUUCCAUGUCUCCGUGAAUAAGAAUGACCGACGUUCAUUUGAAUAUGCCAUGAACAAUUACAGGCAGACUUUGAUCCAGCAAGUCAUCCAAGGGGGCCAAACUUCUCCAUGGUCCGCUUUCAUUACCAAUUGCGGUGCGUGGGCUCCGGAUCAACAUUGCGCGCACAGAGACAAGGAACCCGGAACGAAGAAGUUUGUCUCAGUGUUUCGUUGCGAGAUGGAAGGGGCAAGAGAAGAGUGGUACGGUGAUUUCGCUAAACGAUCUCGAACUCAGUAUGAUCUCCUGGGUCAUAUCACUGACUGGCUGCGGACGUUAUCGACGAGUAUUGAGAACCACUAUGUCGUCUUCGAAAAGCCAGAUCCUUGGAUGAUCACCGAUAUGGCGGAAAAGAAGGAGCGUGAGAAGUCAAUCCUUCCACCGUCGAUUUUCGAUAUCCCCUGGGCUACUCAAAAAAUCCCCUCGCCAGAUUUCCAACCUUUCUAG